AUGGCAGUUGUUCGCUACUACUAUGGAGCCAAGCCUGAUAAACCUGAUGACAGGGACUAUGGGAAAAAGUAUCAUAAACAUGAGAUUCCCUUUAUGUGGACUCAUCCUAAUGUUGACCUCAGUGGCUAUGUCCAUCAUGUCUAUGAUCAAAAGGAUCUGGGGAGCUGUACUGCCAAUGCUCUUUGUGCUGCCUAUGGACUGGAUUUGGUGAAGCAGUCUAAAACUACUAAAGGAGGGUUUUCUUACUUUGAUCCUUCACGCCUUUUUCUCUAUUAUAACACUCGAGAACGUGAAGGCAACCGAUUGAAGGAUAGUGGAGCAUCAAUUCGUGAGGCUCUUAAAGCCAUGAACUGCAAUGGUGUUUGCAAGGAAUCUGACUGGCCUUACAUAGUAAAGAGGUUUAAGGAGAAGCCACCUCAGUCAGCCUAUGCUGCUGCUGUUGGUAACAACUUGUGUAAGUAUGAGAGACUUGAUCAGGACAUUGACCAGUUCAGAGCUUGCUUAAAGGACAACUGCCCAUUUGUAUUUGGAUUUAAUGUUUAUGGGAGCUUUGAUGAUACUAAGACUGCGGGAUACAUGCCCUUGCCAAGUAUAAGGGAGCAACUUGGUGAGCCUCUUGGGAAACAUGCUGUUGUUGCAGUUGGUUAUGAUGACUCGAAGAGAUAUUUUAAGCUACUCAACAGCUGGGGUUCAAGGUGGGGAGAUAAUGGUUAUUUCUACAUGCCAUAUCAAUUCAUUGAGAACUCUUCUCUCUGCUUUGAUUUCUGGAAGAUAUCAUUUGCUUGUGAACGAGGGAAACCACGUCCCAAGGAUACAGUCCCAUGUACUGAUUGCUCCACUUCUAGUGGGAUUGAAUCCCAAUUAGAUCUAUACCACCCCCCGCCAUCUAGUGGUAGAGCCUCUGACUAUGGUGGAUAUCCCCCACCAUCCAGAGUUAAUAGCAGAGCUAGUGACUAUGGUUGGCAUCCUCCGUCAUUUACUGGUAUGCUAUCAAGUGGUGGAGCCUUUGGAUAUGGUGGAUAUCCACCACCACCUAGUCAUUAUCAACCAACUCCCCCACCAUCUUCUAGCCAUAGCAGUGGAGCUUCUGGCUAUGGUGGGUAUCCUCCACCAUCCAGUCAUAGCAGUGGCCGUGGGAGAAAGUGGUAA